AUGACUGACAUGAAGGAAAUACUCUGCAAGUGCCUCACGGCGGGCAUCCCAUCGCCGCUGCCGCCUCCGUGCAAGGCGCUUGAUGACAGCGUCCCACACGCGCCGAAGCGCAACCCGAGGCUCACACCGGAGGAACGCCGACAGGCCAUCGCUAACGCGCUUCGUUACUUUCAACCCGCCCACCAUGAGGAACUCGCGGCGGAGUUCAACAAGGAGCUCGACCUCUAUGGUCACAUCUACAUGUAUCGUCUUCGCCCCACACAGUACGAAAUGAAGGCCUACCCGAUCAGCUGCUACCCUGCCAAGACCAAGUACGCGGCGGCAAUGAUGCUGAUGAUCAUGAACAACCUGGAUAACCGUGUGGCAAUGUUCCCACAUGAGCUUAUUACAUACGGUGGUAACGGUGGUGUGUUCAACAACUGGGGGCAGUACUGCCUCACAAUGAAGUACCUCAGCGAGAUGACGGACCAUCAGACACUGGCGCUGUACUCGGGUCACCCGAUGGGUCUGUAUCCAAGUCACCCAGAUGCCCCUCGUGCCGUCAUCACAAAUGGCAUGAUGGUGCCCAACUACUCCACCCGAGAGCACUAUGACCGUCUCUAUGCCAUGGGGUGCACGCAGUACGGGCAGAUGACGGCUGGUUCCUUCUGCUAUAUUGGUCCGCAGGGUAUUGUCCACGGCACCACCAUUACGUUCCGCAAUGCAGGACGUAAGUACCUUGGCGUUGAAGAUCUUUCAGGAAAAGUUGUGCUGACCAGCGGCCUUGGUGGCAUGAGCGGCGCGCAGGGUAAAGCCGGUGUGAUUUGCCGCGCCGUCGUGGUGGUGGCAGAGGUGGACCCCAACGCGUUGUACAAGCGAAAGGAGCAGGGGUGGCUGAUGGAAGUGGAGACAGAUGUGGAGGCGCUCCUCGCCCGCAUUCGCAAGGCUUCCGCCGCAAAGGAGGUGGUGAGCAUCGGUUUCCUUGGCAACGUCGUCACCGUCUGGGAGCGACUUGUGAAAGAGAAGGAGCAGAUUGUGCACCUCGGCUCUGAUCAGACCAGCUGCCACAACCCGUUCAACGGCGGCUACUACCCAGUGCAGAUUUCCUUCGAGGAAAGCAAGAAGAUGAUGGUGGAGCAGCCCGCUAAGUUCAAGGAGCUCGUGCAGGAGUCCCUGCGCCGUCAGGUCACCGCAAUUAACGAGCUGGCCUCACGGGGCCUGCGCUUCUGGGACUACGGCAACAGCUUCCUCCUCGAGGCGUCCCGUGCGGGGGCGGAGGUGUGGUCGGCGAACGAUACCGUGCGCAGCAUCAACCGCUUCCGCUACCCGUCGUACGUGCAGGACAUCAUGGGCGACGUCUUUGCGCUCGGCUUCGGGCCGUUCCGCUGGGUGUGCGCGUCGGGGCUCCCAGAGGACCUCGCCCUCACUGACCGCAUCGCUGCGGAGACGCUGGAAAAGCUGAUGCAGAGCGCCGCUCCAAAGUCGCAGCGGCAGAUAUCUGACAACCUCCUCUGGAUCAAUCAGGCCGGUGAGAACAAGCUUGUGGUUGGCUCGCAGGCCCGCAUCCUCUACGCCGACUGCGAGGGGCGGCAAUGUAUCGCGAAGAACUUCAACGACGCCAUCCGCGACGGGCGGCUGAAGGGACCUGUGGUGCUCUCACGGGACCACCAUGACGUGAGCGGUACCGACUCGCCAUUCCGUGAGACGUCCGACCUCUACGACGGCUCGUCCCUCACCGCCGACAUGGCGGUACAGAACGUCAUUGGCGACUCCUUCCGCGGCGCGACGUGGGUGUCGCUCCACAACGGUGGUGGCACCGGCUGGGGCGAGGCGAUGAACGGCGGCUUCUGCCUCAUGCUCGACGGCUCUGCCGAUGCGGAGCGGCGCUCCAAACUCAUGCUGANCGAGGCGAUGAACGGCGGCUUCUGCCUCAUGCUCGACGGCUCUGCCGAUGCGGAGCGGCGCUCCAAACUCAUGCUGAUGUGGGACGUCCUCAACGGCGUGUCGCGCCGCAGCUGGAGCGGCAACCAGUGCGGCCACGAGGCGAUUGUGCGGGCGAUGAAGCACGUGGAGGGUCUGCACGUGACGGUGCCGCAGCAUGUUGACCCCACAGUGCUGAAGAAAUAUUAG